GCAACCUCGUCGCACUGUUCCGCCGCCGCAGUCGUAGCGCACAAUCUUAACAAUAAUAAUAAUAUCACAACAACAACAACAACAACAACAAUACUAUUGACGUGAUAAUAAUAAUAAUACAAUUCACGUCAAACGUUUCCCUGUCUCGCUGGAAAAUCGAAUGCCGUGUCAACGWUCGGUUCAAUCAUAAUAAUAUUAUUAUCUAUYGCCAUGGCCCGGCCGAGUUGUGUUGCAGUGCGUCGUGCGACGGUCGCAACGACUUCRCGGCCAACUGACGCGUCGCAAUAAUAACGACGACAACGACAACCGACGACGUCGUCGACAAUCCAUAGUUACGAAAAUAUUAYUAAACUAUACUUUUAAAUCGACGACAGUGACGUACCAUCGACGCCGGACGACGGACAGCUGACGCUACGAGUUUUAUGCGCGCCGCAGCCAGACUACGACUCGCCACCGACGCCAGAACGCAGACGCAGCGACACCGUCGCCGCCGACGCCGUCGUCGCAUCUUCCUCGACCCGGAACCGUUGGCCGCACGCGCGCGCCAUGUACGUGUCGCUGUGCAGGGGAAUCCCGGAGAGUUCGUUCAGAAAACCGCCCAAGCCGCUACCCCAGCAGACACACCGGUUGAAUCUGACCGGAGGCGGCGGUCCCCCCCGGAGGAAGACGUCUGGUUACACACGGCCGCAGUUCGCCGGUCCCAUGGAGUUGGAGACGUUGAUGGAGGAAGGGGCCUCGCCCGGCCCAGGUAGCCGAGAAGGCGACGCGCCGACGGCGGACGACGGCACUCGCGCAUCGCUCUCCAACGGGGACAAAGCUCCGCACCGACAUCUACAAGAACAACAGCGACAGGAACAACAACUCGACUCGGCCGCCGCCGCCAUGAAAUCGAAUUCUGAGCGUCCGCGCAGCUCGCUCAACCUUUACCUGGCUGCAUGCACGGCGAACAUGGGUGCGCUGGCCGCCGGUUGCGCUCUCACGUGGUCGUCGCCGACUCUGGUGAAGCUUCUGGAYGGCGACACCGGCAUGAAGAUCACGAAAGACGAAUCAUCCUGGGUGGGCUCGCUGGUGACGCUGGGYGCGGCCAUCGGACCAAUACUCGCCGGGGUCGUGCUGGAUCGGUUGGGUCGCAAGUCCACGAUCCUCUUGAGCAUGAUACUGUCGGCGAUUUCGUGGAUCAUCAUCGGCUCAGUCCCCGGUCUCAUGGCUCUGUACGUGGCUCGCGUGUUGGCGGGUAUCGCCGUCGGUGUCAUUUUUACUGCCGUGCCAAUGUACAUCGCAGAAAUAGCAGAGAUGCGUUUGAGAUCGUCGUUGGGCACACUGAUGCAGUUCUUCUUGGUCGUCGGAUUUUUGAUCGAAUACAUAGUCGGACCGUACUCGUCGUACCUGACGUUGGUCAUCGUGUCCCUAGCGACACCCGUCCUGUGUUUCGGCAUGUUCAUAUGGAUGCCGGACUCACCACAAUCGCUGUUGAUACGGCCCGGUGGAGAGCAGAAGGCCAUGGAAUCGUUGAGGUGGUUACGUGGUAACCCACAAGAGACGGCUCUGAUCAAAGAGCUUGAAGAGAUCAAGAAAUCCAUUGACGAAGCGAAGAAAGAAAAGUCUGGUUUCGCCGAACUGUUCGCCAACAGGGGCAACAUCAAGGCGGUGAUCAUAUCCUGCGCCAUGGUAGCGUGGCAGCAGUUCAGUGGCAUCAACGUGGUGCUGCUAUACAGCGAACCAAUUUUCUUAAAGACUGGCGUCCAAUUGUCUGCCAGCGUGUCCACAAUAAUCGUCGGRACGGUGAUGUUGAUCGCUGCCGGUGUSACACCGUCUUUGGCUAAGAUUACUACCAUGAGAACGUUGCUGUACAUUUCGGCAAUCGGAAUGGCAAUUACCGACGGAACGCUUGGUCUGUUUUUUUACUUACAAGAAUCUGGAAGAGAUGUGAGUUCUAUCGGAUGGUUACCGGUCACAAGUUUGGUGCUUUUCAUCAUCACUUAUUGUCUUGGUUUCGGUCCGCUACCGUGGGCUAUAAUGGGAGAGAUAUUCCCGACCAAUCUUAAGUCAGUGGCUUCGGCUUUAACCGCCAGUUUCUGYUGGAUUCUUGGCUUCAUAUUGACGAAGUUGUUUGGUGCGGUAUCCGAUGCCAUCGGCAUAUAUUCUGUAUUUUGGAUAUUUGCCGUGUGCUGUAUAUUUGCGCUGUUGUUUACGGCGUUUUUGUUGCCACAAACCGAAGGAAAAACACUCCAAGAAAUUCAGGACAUGCUGCACGGCAGAAACAAGUCCUCGAACCACAAAAUGACCAGAGCAUGAUACAUGACACAAUUUUGUACAAAAGUGACUGAUUAUUUUUCAUUUGAUUAAAAAUUCUCUAAAUUGUCUA